AUCGAGGGGCGACCGGGUCGGGGCCGCUGCACGCCGAGGGCGGAGGCCGAGCAGGGCCCCGCUUCGCCCCGGCGGCUCGCCGCGCCCACCCGCUCCGCGCCGAGGGCUGGAGGAUGAGUUCCUUGGAGUCCGGGUGCCACCCCUAGAACAGAUUGGCACUCCCCUCGGAAUAGUCACCCCUUCACGGAGCCAGAGCAGGAGGGAUACGGAGGGAAAGGGCCCUUUCCCAACUUCAGACUGAGCACCCAGAAGUCGACCUGGGACUGCUGUUUUGUUUCUAGGAAACUGGAAACCUUGGCAGAAUUGAAAUUUCCUAGACUUAUGAAAAUAUGCAUCAGUUUAAUACUGUCUUGGAAUUCAUGAGAUGGAAGCAUAGGUCAAAGCUGUUUGGAGAAAAUCGGAGGUACAGUUUUAUCUAGCCACAUCUUGGAGGAGUCAUAAGAAAGCAGUGGGAGUUGAAGUCAUUGUCAAGUGCUUGCGAUCUUUUACAAGAAAAUCUCACUGAAUGAUAGUCAUUUUAAAUUGGUGAAGUAGCAAGACCAAUUAUUAAAGGUGACAGUACACAGGAAACAUUACAGUUGAACAAUGACUCAGCUAUAUAUUUACAUCAGAUUAUUGGGAGCCUAUCUCUUCAUCAUUUCUCAUGUUCAAGGACAGAAUCUAGACAGUAUGCUCCAUGGCACUGGGAUGAAAUCAGACUCCGACCAGAAAAAGUCAGAAAAUGGAGUAACCUUAGCACCAGAGGAUACCUUGCCUUUUUUAAAGUGCUAUUGCUCAGGGCACUGCCCGGAUGAUGCUAUUAAUAACACAUGCAUAACUAAUGGACAUUGCUUUGCCAUCAUAGAAGAAGAUGACCAGGGAGAAACCACAUUAGCUUCAGGGUGUAUGAAAUAUGAAGGAUCUGAUUUUCAGUGCAAAGAUUCUCCAAAAGCUCAGCUACGCCGGACAAUAGAAUGUUGUCGGACCAAUUUAUGUAACCAGUAUUUGCAACCCACACUGCCCCCUGUUGUCAUAGGUCCAUUUUUUGAUGGCAGCAUUCGAUGGCUGGUUUUGCUCAUUUCUAUGGCUGUCUGCAUAAUUGCUAUGAUCAUCUUCUCCAGCUGCUUUUGUUACAAACAUUAUUGUAAGAGCAUCUCAAGCAGACGUCGUUACAAUCGUGAUUUGGAACAGGAUGAAGCAUUUAUUCCAGUUGGAGAAUCACUAAAAGACCUUAUUGACCAGUCACAAAGUUCUGGUAGUGGGUCUGGACUACCUUUAUUGGUUCAGCGAACUAUUGCCAAACAGAUUCAGAUGGUCCGGCAAGUUGGUAAAGGCCGAUACGGAGAAGUAUGGAUGGGUAAAUGGCGUGGCGAAAAAGUGGCGGUGAAAGUAUUCUUUACCACUGAAGAAGCCAGCUGGUUUCGAGAAACAGAAAUCUACCAAACUGUGCUAAUGCGCCAUGAAAACAUACUUGGUUUCAUAGCGGCAGACAUUAAAGGUACAGGUUCCUGGACUCAGCUCUAUUUGAUUACUGAUUACCAUGAAAAUGGAUCUCUCUAUGACUUCCUGAAAUGUGCUACACUGGACACCAGAGCCCUGCUCAAAUUGGCUUAUUCGGCUGCCUGUGGUCUGUGCCACCUGCACACAGAAAUUUAUGGCACCCAAGGAAAGCCCGCAAUUGCUCAUCGAGACCUAAAGAGCAAAAACAUCCUCAUCAAGAAAAAUGGGAGUUGCUGUAUUGCUGAUCUGGGCCUUGCUGUUAAAUUCAACAGUGACACAAAUGAAGUUGACGUGCCCUUGAAUACCAGGGUGGGCACCAAACGCUACAUGGCUCCAGAAGUGCUGGACGAAAGCCUAAACAAAAACCACUUCCAGCCCUACAUCAUGGCUGACAUCUACAGCUUCGGCCUGAUCAUUUGGGAGAUGGCUCGUCGUUGUAUCACAGGAGGGAUCGUGGAAGAGUACCAAUUGCCAUAUUACAACAUGGUACCGAGUGAUCCGUCAUACGAAGAUAUGCGUGAGGUUGUGUGUGUCAAACGUUUGCGGCCACUUGUGUCUAAUCGGUGGAACAGUGAUGAAUGUCUACGAGCAGUUUUGAAGCUAAUGUCAGAAUGCUGGGCCCACAAUCCAGCCUCCAGACUCACAGCGUUGAGAAUUAAGAAGACACUUGCCAAGAUGGUUGAAUCCCAAGAUGUAAAAAUCUGACGGUGUAACCAUCGGAGGAGAAACUCUAGACUGCAAGACUGUUUUUACCCAUGGCAUGGGUGGAAUUAGAGUGGAAUAAGGAUGUUAACUUGGUUCUCAGACUCUUUCUUCACUACGUGUUCACAGGCUGCUAAUAUUAAACGUUUCAGUACUCUUUUUAGAAUACAAGCUGGGAACUUCUAAACACUUAAUUCUUUAUAUAUGGACAGCUUUAUUUUAAAUGUGGUUUUUGAUGCCUUUUUUUAAAUGGGUUUUUAUGAACUGCAUCAAGACUUCAAUCCUGAUUAGUGUCUCCAGUCAAGCUCUGGGUACUGAAUUGCCUGUUCAUAAAACGGUGCUUUCUGUGAAAGCCUUAAGAAGAUAAAUGAGUGCAGCAGAGAUGGAGAAAUAGACUUUGCCUUCUACCUGAGACAUUCAGUUCGUUUGUAUUCUACCUUUGUAAAACAGCCUACAAAUGAUGAUGUGUUUGGGAUACUGCUUAGUUUAUGAUAGUUUGUCCUGCCUUCCUUAAUAAUGUGUGUGUGUGUCCAUGCACAUGCACGCCAGGAUUCCUCUGCUGCCAUUUGAAUUAGAAGAAAAUAAUUUAUAUGCAUGCACAGGAAGAUAUUGGUGGCCGGUGGUUUUGUGCUUUAAAAAUGCAAUAUCUGACCAAGAUUCGCCAAUCUCAUAUAAGCCAUUUACCUUGCAAGUGAGAUAGCUUCCCCACCAGCUUUAUUUUUUAACAUGAAAGCUGAUACCAAGGCCAAAAGAAGUUUAAAGCAUCUGUAAAUUUGGACUGUUUUCCUUCUACCACCAUUUUUUUUGUGGUUAUUAUUUUUGUCAUGGAAAGCAUCCUCUCCAAAGUUGGAACUUCUAAUGCCAUGAACCAUGCUUACAAAGAAAGCACUUCUUAUUGAAGUGAAUUCCUGCAUUUGAUAGCAAUGUAAGUGCCUGUAACCGUGUUCUGUAUUCUUUAUUCUCAGUAACUUUUAAAAGGGAAGUUAUUUAUAUUUUGUGUAUAAUGUGCUUUAUUUGCAAAUCACCCACUCCUUUACAACCAUACUUUAUAUAUGUAUAUACAUUCAUACUGUAGAAACCAGCUCAUGUGUACCUCACAUCCUAUCCUUAAGGGAAGAAAUGUUAUAAAGUAGAACUAAAUAUGAAUUUUCAGAAUUAAUGCAUUCAAAGUAAUAUAUCAAAUCCAGGACUUUGUUAACUUCAGGCAGAAACUUCAUUAGGGUAAUAUCAUCUCAAUUUUUUCAAAUGAAAGGAUUCUUUAAUUAGAAAUUUAUAUGUCAGAGCUGUUAUAAAUUUAUCAACUGUUAAAUAUGUUUUGGACAUCUACAUCAUUUGAGAUUUUUGGUUUUUUGAUUUCUGUUCCCUAACUGGUGAAGACAAUGAAAAAUCAGGCAGAAAUAUUUAGUAUCUAGUCAGUAUCUGUAGCUACACUGUAUAACUGUUCUUCAAUAAAAUGGUACAUAUUUUAUAGAUGCCUUGUUAUCUCAAGAAAUCUGAUUUACAUAAACUUAUACUUCUUUAAUGCCUUUGAAAUAUCAAUCUCCUAUUCUGAGCAAACAACUCAUGAGUACAUCAAGUGAGAUAGUUUUAUUUGAUUAUAACAAAAUAAAUGUGAUUAUGUCACAACAUUGUCAAAAAGGUUUAAAUUAAACAGGAGGAAAUCAGCAUAUGUCCACCCAUUAUCAAAAUGUGUAUAUCAUUUAAGGUUAAAACUUACAAAUUUGUCUACACAUCAAAUUUCACAAAUUUGAAACUUGCCUUAACCAUUUUGAUUAAUAAGUUUCAUCUACCAUAAUUAAAGUCUGAAGUUUUCAUCAAGAUAAGUAAAUUUGCAUAUGGAUAAUACCCAAUAACUUGCUUUUUCAGAAUUUUUCCCCAUAUGUAUACUGAGAAAUACAAAUAUUUUAAUCUGAGUUGCCAUAUGAUAUGAUCGCACUUAGAACACCCAAUUUACUUAACCUUGGUUUACUUUUGACUUGAUUCCAUAAAUCUUUAAAAUCAUUUGUCAUGUUAAUAAAAUAUGUAAAGACAGGCAAAGUUUAUUCUUGGAAAUGUUCAAAUGGUAUGUGGAAGCAAAAAAUUACAGCCAGUAUAUGAGACCACUAUUACGGUUUUUAAAAAUUAACUUGGUCUAGUAAAAGUGGUAUCAAGCGUUAAUCUUAGAAACUUGUCCAGUAAAAUCAUUUUCUAGUAUAACAUAUUCUUUAAAAAGCAAAUGCUGCCAUCUUUGGAAUCGUAAUCUAAAAAUGUGGCCAGGCGCGGUGGCUCAGGCCUGUAAUCCCAGCACUUUGGGAGGCUGAGAUGGGCGGAUCACAAGGUCAGGAGUUCAAGACCAGCCUGGCCAACUUGGUGAAACCCCAUCUCUACUAAAAAUACAAAACUCAGCCGGGCAUGGUGGCGGGUGCCUGUAAUCCUAGCUGCGUGGGAGGCUGAAGCAGGAGAAUCGCUUGAAACCAGAAGGCAGAGGUUGCAGUGAGCCGAGAUGGUGCCACUGCACUCCAACCUGGGCAAAAGAGUGUAAACUCCAUCUCAAGCAAGCAAGUAAAUAACAAAAAACAAAAAUUUUGCAUUCAACUUAGUUUUCGUCUCUCCUUUCCACUCUUACUCUUAAAUCUGAAGCUCAUCGAGUAAGUGAAAUAUUUAAAGAAUAUGAUAGACCAGCAAGAAGAAGUAUUAUGUAGUACCACAGUUAGUAAAUUUGUAAAACCUUGGAAGCUAUUAUUUGGUCCUACUUGCAAUUUAAUGUUUUUAAAUGUGUAGCUUCAUUUAGAUAUCUAUAAGUAAUUAAAAUAUAAAAGCAAGCAAAAAACCCAAACUACCUGACUAUGAACAGGAAAAGUUAACCCUCAGAGAGAGUUAUCCUUGUGAAUUCUCUUUAUGCUGGCAAAUAGCUCUAGGAUUAAAGGCACAUUAGGGUUUCCUUCAGUUUGUUUAUUCUAAGCUUUUACUGUGUUUCAUAUUGAACAAGUUUCUGAUGUACAAAACUUGAAUCCGAUUUCUUUGGAAAUAUUUUCACAAAGUUAUUUUAAUCAAUAUUUUACAUUGCCUUUCCAGUGUCCAGAAGUGUUUCUAAACUUUGAAAGUGACCUACAGUUUUUUAAAAGUAUGUUUUCCUAGAAUGUGCCAAAUUUUGAUUUACUCUAACAAUCAAUACUUUUCUUGAGAUGCUUUGUUCUGUUUAGAACAAAAAUGCACUAUAGUUUUUAAAGAAUCAUGCAUCUUUUGAGUUGGCCCAAGAUCAAAUUUGAUAUUGAAUAAUUUAUUCCAAGGCAGCUUUCAUAAACACACUUCAUAGAUGUUGUUUUGAAAUGUUUCUAAGUAUCUAAAAUCGUUUCAAUGGCAGAAAUGAUUUUUAUUUUAACAAAAAGAUUAUGAUGGCCCCCUAGUGUUUAAAAGUGGUCAUAUUUAUUACUGACUUGAGUCAGGUGUUAAAAUAGCAGUGCCACAGCUCGUCUCUUGCCUAAGUGCUGCUGUGAGAGUCACAGUGGAAACUGCAGGGAGGAGACGUGUUCCUAAGAACCAAAAUCCAGGGCAGCAUCCUGUGAAGCCACGUGUAAUGAUGGUCCCAUAAGGAAAGUGUGGGAAUAUGGCUUUUGCAAAGGAUUAACUAUUGUAAUUUUAGCUUAUGCUCUGUAUUCUGUUUUCUAUGGAAUUAUUUAAGCCCUUUUAGUGACCUUUGUCCUGGCCCGUUUAAAAACUAAAAUGUAGUAUAUAUUGUAUAAAACAAAAAUAUCAUUAUUGCUUCAUUAGGGAAAACUGUACAUAGGCAUUGAAAAAAGGGUAAAAGCAAGCAGUUUUAUCAGGCAAUUGUAAAACACCAAAAAUAUAGAUUUGUCUUUGAUAUGUAACACACUAAAUGUAUUUUGUACAGCAUCUGGUUUAAAAGAUGCCUUAUUAAGUUUACCGUUACUUGCUUUGUUCUAUAUACAGAUUAUGUCCAAUGUAUCAUUUUGAAGUAAAUAACCUUAUUUUAGUA